UGACAGGCGGGAGGCGACGGGGGUGGAGGGGAAUGGGGACGGGAAAUAGGUUCUGUGUGCUCUCCGGGGGUAUUGUGUCAGGAGAUGCAGGCUGGCUACCAUGUGACGCGGUCCAAAGCUGAAGGGAUUGGCCGAGGCAGCGCAGGCGGUGCAGCUCGGCCGGCUUGCCGUUCCUCUCCCUUUCUCUCAGCAUCUUCCUGGUAGCCUGCCUGUAGGUGAAGCAGCACCAGCAGCAUCCAUGGCCUGUCUUUUGGGUUAACACUCAUCUCCUUUGGCUUCGGCAGCUGACGGAACAGACCUCAGCAGCGGCGUGGUGAGGACUUAGCUGGGACCUGGAAUCGUAUCCUCCUGUGUUUUUUCAGACUCCUUGGAAAUUAAGGAAUGCAAUUCUGCCACCAUGAUGGAAGGAUUGAAAAAACGUACAAGGAAGGCCUUUGGAAUACGGAAGAAAGAAAAGGACACUGAUUCUACAGGUUCACCAGAUAGAGAUGGAAUUCAGGGGAAAAAAAAGACCCAGAAGACUCAGCUUCUCCUCACCUCUUGCUUCUGGCUCAGAGCCCUCUCGUUAACUCUGUCUCAGAAGAAAAGCAAUGGGGCACCAAAUGGAUUUUACGCGGAAAUUGAUUGGGAAAGAUAUAACUCACCUGAGCUGGAUGAAGAAGGCUACAGCAUCAGACCUGAGGAACCCGGCUCUACCAAAGGAAAGCACUUUUAUUCUUCGAGUGAAUCGGAAGAGGAAGAAGAAUCACAUAAGAAAUUUAAUAUCAAGAUUAAACCAUUGCAAUCUAAAGACAUUCUUAAGAAUGCUGCAACUGUAGAUGAAUUGAAGGCAUCAAUAGGCAACAUCGCACUUUCCCCAUCACCAGUGAGGAAAAGUCCGAGGCGCAGCCCGGGUGCAAUUAAAAGGAACUUAUCCAGUGAAGAAGUGGCAAGACCCAGGCGUUCCACACCAACUCCAGAACUUAUAAGCAAAAAGCCUCCAGAUGACACUGUAGCCCUUGCUCCUCUCUUUGGCCCACCACUAGAAUCAGCUUUUGAUGAACAGAAGACGGAAGUUCUUUUAGAUCAACCUGAGAUAUGGGGUUCAGGCCAACCAAUUAAUCCAAGCAUGGAGUCGCCAAAGUUAACAAGGCCUUUUCCCACUGGAACACCUCCACCACUGCCUCCAAAAAACGUACCAGCUACCCCACCCCGAACAGGAUCCCCCUUAACAAUUGGACCAGGAAAUGACCAGUCAGCCACAGAGGUCAAAAUUGAAAAGCUACCAUCCAUCAAUGACUUGGACAGCAUUUUUGGCCCAGUUUUGUCCCCCAAGUCUGUUGCUGUUAAUGCUGAAGAAAAGUGGGUCCAUUUUUCUGAUACAUCCCCGGACCAUGUGACUCCGGAGUUGACUCCAAAGGAAAAAAUGGUGUCCCCACCAGCUACACCAGACAACCCAGCUGACUCCCCAGCUCCAGGCCCUCCUGGCCACCCAGGUCCCACAGGCCCCCCAGGGCCUCCGGGGCCUCCUCGCCAUGUACCAUCGCCGCUCAAUUUAGAAGAAGUCCAGAAGAAAGUCGCUGAACAGACCUUCAUCAAAGAUGAUUACUUAGAAACAAUCUCAUCUCCUAAAGAUUUUGGGUUGGGACAGAGAGCAACUCCACCUCCCCCACCACCACCCACCUACAGGACUGUGGUUUCGUCCCCCGGACCUGGCUCAGGCCCUGGUACGGGGACCACCAGUGGUGCAUCAUCCCCUGCUCGACCAGCCACUCCUUUGGUUCCUUGCAGCAGUACCACUCCACCUCCGCCCCCUCCCCGGCCUCCAUCCCGACCAAAGCUACCUCCAGGAAAGCCUGGAGUUGGAGAUGUGUCCAGACCUUUUAGCCCUCCCAUUCAUUCUUCCAGCCCUCCUCCAAUAGCACCCUUAGCGCGGGCUGAAAGCACUUCUUCAAUAUCGUCAACCAAUUCCUUGAGCGCAGCCACUACUCCCACAGUUGUGUCAGAAGAUGAUGUUUUUUAUGACAAACUGCCCUCGUUUGAAAGGCGCUGUGAAACGCCUGCAGGCUCUUCCAGGGGACCCAGCCCCCUAACCAUGGGAGCCCAGGACACGCUCCCUGUUGCAGCAGCAUUUACAGAAACAGUCAAUGCCUACUUCAAAGGAGCUGAUCCAAGCAAAUGUAUCGUUAAGAUUACUGGAGAAAUGGUGUUGUCCUUUCCUGCUGGCAUCACCAGACACUUUGCCAACAACCCAUCCCCAGCUGCUCUGACUUUUCGGGUGAUAAAUUUCAGCAGGUUAGAACACGUCCUGCCAAACCCCCAACUUCUCUGCUGUGAUAAUACACAAAAUGAUGCCAACACCAAGGAAUUCUGGGUAAAUAUGCCAAAUUUGAUGACUCACCUAAAGAAAGUGUCUGAACAAAAACCCCAGGCUACAUAUUAUAACGUCGACAUGCUCAAAUAUCAGGUGUCUGCCCAGGGUAUUCAGUCCACGCCUCUGAACCUGGCAGUGAAUUGGCGAUGUGAGCCUGCAAGCACUGACCUGCGCAUAGAUUACAAAUACAACACAGAUGCAAUGACCACCGCCGUGGCCCUCAACAAUGUGCAGUUCCUGGUCCCCAUCGACGGAGGCGUAACCAAGCUCCAGGCAGUGCUCCCACCAGCAGUCUGGAAUGCUGAACAACAAAGAAUAUUGUGGAAGAUUCCUGAUAUCUCUCAGAAGUCAGAAAACGGAGGGGUGGGUUCUUUGUUGGCAAGAUUUCAGUUAGCAGAAGGCCCAAGCAAACCUUCUCCAUUAGUUGUGCAGUUCACAAGUGAAGGAAGCACCCUUUCUGGCUGUGACAUUGAACUUGUUGGAGCAGGGUAUCGAUUUUCACUCAUCAAGAAAAGGUUUGCUGCAGGAAAAUACUUGGCAGAUAACUAAUAAAAUCUCAUGCAAGGAUUUGGAAGAUUCAUAUAUUGGAGAACUGAUAUAUGAGAAACAGGUUUUAAUCUGGGUUUAAUGAAAACAAACCAAUAUCUGCACUUGGGAUAUAGCAGGUGGAAAGUCAAUGACUUUCAGCUGUGAUUUCCCUCACACAAUACCUUGAUGACCAGUCCUACAGUAUUUGCUUCUAGGUGUAAUAUUGUUAAUGGUUUUAAAAUGUAAUUAUUGUAUUUGUAAAUUGUACUCUCAUUCCAGUAAGGCAGUUAGACACUUGAGUUUUAGCAUUUUACCAUUCCUGAAAUGGAUGUAAUUUAAACUGUGGUAUGUAAAUUUAAUAGUAGUAUUGUUGAAUGGCACAAUGCUUACAGAGGUAGAUUGCAUUUUGUCAAUAUAUAAAAUUUAAAUAUAAUAUUGAUAGCUGUCAUAAAGGGGGUGCCACAUAUUAAAGAAACUUAAGUGGAACCAGAAGAAAAAGCAACAAACUUACUUUUCUUCAAUCCUUAGUAUGUUUUACUCUAGUGCUAAAUAGAAAUUCUAUCUUCAAAUGUUUAGUGGGUUAAAUUGAGAAACUAUUUCAGAAAAAAAAUUCUAAGGUUACAGCAUAUUCCAAAAAAAAGCAUUAGUUACCACUUUUUAAAGAGCUUUUUUUUCAAACUGCAAAUUUCAUAAAAAUGCAAACUGUGUAAACAGGGCCUCUUAUUUUUAUAACUUGUGUAAAAAGGGAAAGCAAUUCAUAUUUAAAGUUUAAGUAUAUUAAAUUAUAAUCAAGAGUAAAGAAGAUGUUGAAGUCUUAACUCCUUGCCCCUCUCUACAGUUUAGCAAAUGUGGAGAUUGCUGAAUAAUCAGAUGAAAACCAAAAUUGUGGUUUUAAGAUUUCAAGACUUUCCAUAGUUGAACUGGUUAACAACUUUUGAUCAAUUACUCUGAAUAGAUAGAUGGUCUUACUCAUCCAGUAUGGAGGAAUGAUAUCUUGCAUCUUCCUCUUUACCCACAGGAAUCAAAACACUGAGACUGAGAAUUUAAAAAAAAAAAAAAAAAAAAAAAUCCCCCAUUAAAAACAACAAGGAGGGUUUUAAUCAUUGUUUAUGUCAUUUGAGAAUGGAAAAAUAAACUUUAUAAAUGAAAUUCUAUUCACAUUACUGUGUGAUAAAUUUCCUUUUGGAUGAUUAGGAUUCAUUGUAUAAAACUAAAUCUUUGCCAUUCUCAGAGAAUCAAGAGGAGAGUUAUCCAAAAUGUAUGUCAUUUCAUGGUUGCAAGGUAUAAUAAAAACUGCAAUUAUUCAAUCUGGUCCCACAAUAUGAACAUUUAGAAAGACGAACUUCUUCAGGAAUCUCAGUUGUAAAACCUUCCCUCGUUAAGCUCUGAAAAUGAUAGUCUUCCUUUAAGUCGUAUUUAAACAUAAACCAAUUUCUAUUAUAGGUUAUGCUGUUAAAUAACUAUAAUUAUUAAGUUAUUAUUUUUAUAAUUAGUUGUUAAAUUUCAUUUUAUAUCCACUCAAAUUUAACAAAUAAUCUUUAGCCCCUUUAAAUUUUAGAAUCAAAUUAAAUUUUUAAAGUCUUGCUUCUAAAAUGAGAUUGUGACUGGCAGUUGUUUAUAGUGAAAUUUUUUAAUUAAUCUUUGUACUCCUCUAUGAGUGCUUGCUACCAAGAGACUGUUCAAAAUGAUUUGUUUUACCUCGGAAAAAUUCUUACUAUUCAACAAACUCUCUGUUGGCUCCCUAAAGCAGUCUGGUGUUGAAGCUUCUUUAAACAAACUAAUUAAUAUACUCCUUUUAUGUAAAGGUAUCCAAUUUGAUUUUGAAACCAAAAUAGAAAAUGCAAGAUUUUAAAUUCCUUGAAACAUGGAAUUUAUGAUGCUAAAAUCAAUGGAGAGUAAGCAGCAGAAAAUUGAGAAUUAUCCAGCAUAUGAAUAUAACAAUGUGUUUUUUAAGUAAUCAAUUCAUUUAAAAAAUUGAAUAUUAAUACAAAGCAUAUUAAAAAUGUGUACAUAUUACUGGUU